CUGCUUUACCAGAAACCAGGAGGCGUUAAAGAAGUUGGCGAUGUGACAAGUACGUCAAAUAACCUGUGGGAGGCUUAAAAGUUUGUAUGUGUGUGUGCUAACCACCGCUUGCCAAUGGUGUUGCUGUAAUGUGUGGUGCAGUCUCUUCAUAGCCCUGGAUGAGGAAGGUGGUGUUGUUGCUGCCGCUGAGCACAGUAUGUCUCCCACGGUGAAUCAGGAACAGUUGUGGAAGCUUUGGAAGGUUGUAGCUGUGCGACUUUAUCUGAAGUGAACUUAAGAGAUCAGUUGGGACACCUGUUACACCCGCUUGGAACUGCUCACCAGUUUGGCAGUGCUCUGUAAAAAACCCCCCUCUGUUCAUCUUACUCACUGCUACUGUCACUGUUCCUUUCCCCUUUCUCUCAUCCUGUCCCUGACUUCCUCUUCUGCCAUCCCUCUGUUACUAUAGGAGCACCAUGGCAAUGUGGAUCCAGGCCCAGCAGCUGCAGGGUGAGGCGCUGCACCAGAUGCAGGCACUGUAUGGCCAGCAUUUCCCCAUUGAGGUGCGACACUACCUGGCCCAGUGGAUUGAGAGCCAGCUCUGGGACUCAGUGGAGUUGGACAACCCAGCAGAGGAAGCCAAAGCCAAGCGUCUGCUAGACAAUUUGGUGGCCGAGCUGCAGAGGAAAGCCCAGCUUCAGGGAGGAGAGGACGGCUUUCUGCUUAAGAUCAAGCUGGGCCACUAUGCCAGCCAACUCAAGAGCACUUAUGACCGCUGUCCUUUGGAGCUGGUGCGCUGCAUUAAACACAUUCUGCACUCAGAACAGAGGCUGGUUCAAGAAGCUACAAAUGCCAGCUGUGGGACUGGGGGCCAGGCUAUGGACACACUGUCACAACGGCACCAGCAGAUCAACCAGGCCUUUGAGGAGCUCCGCUUGGCCACACAGGAGACUGAGAAUGAACUGAGAAAGCUGCAACACAGCCAAGAGUACUUCAUCAUCCAGUACCAGGAGAACUUGCGCAUCCAGGCCCAGCUGAGCAGCCUGUCGUCACUGCCUCCAGCUGAGCGCACCCAGCGGGAGACCACCCUACAGAGCAAGAGGGCCACUGUGGAAGCGUGGCUCACCAGAGAGGCCAGCACACUACAGAAAUACAGGCUUGACCUGUCAGAACAACACCAGAAGACCCUGGGCCUGCUGAGGAAGCAGCAGACUCUAAUCCUGGAUGAGGAGCUCAUCCAGUGGAAGAGGAGGCAGCAGCUAGCUGGCAACGGGGGUCCUCAUGAGGGGGGACUGGAUGUCCUGCAAUCCUGGUGUGAGAAGCUGGCUGACCUGAUCUGGCAGAACCGGCAGCAGAUUCGACGCUGUGAACAUCUAACUCAGCAGCUUCCUCUGCCGGGCCCCAUGGAAGAGCUGCUGAGCAAGCUCAACAGUGACAUCACUGAUAUCAUCUCCGCCCUGGUCACCAGCACCUUCAUCAUUGAAAAGCAGCCACCCCAGGUGUUAAAGACCCAGACCAAGUUUGCAGCCACCGUGCGCCUUCUGGUUGGUGGAAAACUCAACGUCCAUAUGAACCCACCACAGGUCAAGGCCAUCAUUGUUAGUGAGCAGCAGGCCAAGGCUCUGCUGAAGAAUGAGAGCACACACAGUGAAAGUAGUGGAGAAAUCCUCAACAACAACUGUGUCAUGGAGUAUCACCAGGCCACUGGCACCCUCAGUGCUCACUUCAGAAACAUGUCACUGAAGCGGAUCAAGCGUUCUGAUCGUCGAGGUGCAGAGUCAGUGACGGAGGAGAAGUUCACAGUUCUGUUUGAGUCACAGUUCAGUGUCGGGGGCAACGAGCUGGUCUUCCAUGUCAAAACCUUAUCGCUGCCUGUGGUAGUGAUCGUCCAUGGCAGUCAGGACAACAACGCCACAGCAACAGUCCUGUGGGACAAUGCUUUUGCUGAGCCAGGCAGGGUGCCGUUCAUCGUACCAGACAAGGUGCUGUGGCCCCAGCUGUGUGAGGCCCUCGAUAUGAAGUACAAGGCUGAGAUGCACAGUGGGCGAGGCCUGUCAGAGGAUAACCUGGUCUUCCUGGCACAGAAGGCUUUUACAAGCAGCAGCAACAACCCUGAGGACUACCACAACAUGACUAUAUCCUGGGCCCAGUUCAACCGGGAGAGCUUACCUGGGCGCAACUUCACCUUCUGGCAGUGGUUUGAUGGAGUUGUGGAGCUCAUGAAGAAACAUCUCAAGCCUCACUGGAAUGAUGGGGCCAUCCUGGGCUUUGUAAACAAGCAGCAGGCCCAGGACAUGCUGAUGUCCAAACCCAACGGCACCUUCCUGCUGCGAUUCAGUGACUCUGAGAUCGGAGGCAUCACCAUCGCCUGGGUGGCUGAGAAUCCCAACAAACCAGGAGAGAGGCUGGUCUGGAAUCUGUUGCCUUAUACAACCAAGGACUUCUCCAUUCGUUCCCUGGCUGAUCGCAUCAGCGACCUGAAUCACCUUCUGUUUCUCUACCCUGACCGGCCCAAAGAUGAGGUUUUUGCCAAGUACUACACCCCUCCACUCUCAAAAGCGGUGGAUGGAUACGUAAAACCACAGAUCAAACAAGUUGUGCCCGAAUUUACCACCCCAAAUCCUGAGCCCAGCGGAGGGACUCCUACAUUCAUGGAUCAGACAGCUUCUCCCUCUGUGAGCCACCCCAACAACUUUGGUGUUUACCCUCCUAUGAGUGAUGCCAUGUUGGAUGCAGACGGAGACUUUGACCUUGAGGACACAAUGGACGUGGCCCGUCACGUUGAGGAGUUACUCCGCCGGCCUAUGGCCAACCAGUGGAGCAGCCAGCAGUCCUGAACCUGAAACCUGAAUUUGCUGCACACCUUCAGGUCUUCUCCUUUGUGUACAAAAGAAACACCCACACCUCUCUGGACUGCAGCCAGGUCUGGCAGUCUGGCAAAUCCACCAUUGAUUGGAGGAGAACAGGUCCAGUAAUGAAUAACCUUCUAAGUGUCUCUAUAGAGAUAGCAAACCUGCUUUCAAGAGUCAAUGUUACUGGCCUUUGACAGAGGCUGGUGUUAGUGUCCUCUCCCACUCAGUCUCUCAGGGUCGUCAUGUGGAGCUGGCUUGGGUCAAUGGGAUUUUUAUACAAAACUGAGACAUAUACUUAAUUUUUAUGUAAGCUUUGCAUUCACAUGUGCCUGCUGAGCUUUUAGCCGGCACUGGGAGACUUUUACAUAAACAUUCAUAGUAGACAAACUAGCUUCUCCUAAAAAUCUUUUUAAAGGGUUUCUUUUCCUUUUCCAGUUAAGACUGGUUAAUGUGACUAAACACUGACAGAUUUAAUCUCUUCUUUUUUACAGGAGAUAUUUGUCAAUCAUUUUUACCAAUGCCUCAAAAAUCCUUAAAGUGAGACUCUGUAACUUUUCCUGAACAUCAGCUGUUGUGUGCAGCAGUAGUAUUUACAUGAUUAGAGCAAAUUUUCCCUCAUUUCCAAAGUAUCUCUUGAGUCAGUUGCUUUAAAGACUUUAUCAUUUGGCAGGAAAACAAGUAGAAAUCAACAAACGUCACCCAGGUAGAUGCAUCAGAGCUGCUGCUUUGUGGCUUAAGUUUUAAGACGGGUUUAAACCUGUGUUGGAAACAAAAUUUGUUUACUAUGUCCUCAGAAGUUGCAGCUUCAACCUCAGUGUGAAGCUUAGUUUAAACCUUUCUGCUGUGUCCUGUAGAAACCACCUAAACAACAUGAGACGUCAGUGAACCUGCGGCUCAACCUGCCUCAAUGUAAACCUGCUGCAUGUCUGGGGUUAAAACCUGGUGAAACUCAAGUCUCUGUAUAAAGUGUUGAUCUGACACACUGAAAACAAAUGAUCACUGAAUCAUUGAAUAAUUCACGCGCCAACAGAAGGUGCCAGGUGAUCUGUUCAGUCAUCUGAGGCUUUAAGAGUCAAAAACAAAAUGUAUUAUAAGAGCAAUUCCCUCUUCUGUCUUUAUAUAGAAAGGUAUUUUACUCAUGAUUGAUGUGCAGCAGAGUUUAAGGAAACACAGUUAUUAUUGUACAGGCCAGAUAUGUAACUAUAUGAUGUACAUUUAUAUUAAAAAUAUAGUGUGAUCCAUCAUUUUGUGUUAGGGCUGGGUGAUAAAAACAAAACAAUAACGAUAUAUAUUGCAAUAUAACUUUUCCUCAAUAGACAUAUAAGACAUGGUCGAUAACAAAGUCAAUAGAACUCAUUCCGCCUGUGUUUUGACAGACACAGUACGAAAAGCCAAUGAUCAUGAGAAUAGCCAUCAGACAAAAGAGCAAAACACUCACUCAGUAAGUAAAAAGCAUUUAUGUACUUAUAAUAAAUCUUAAGCCUGACUUUGAUAAUUGGAAAUUAUUUCUAGUGUCAUGUGAUCUUAUUGUUCAUAUGUCACCUUGUUAAAUGUCAUUUUUGGACGUCGCUAGAACCUAAAGGCCAAGCAGCUUUCAGCGUUACUUCUCGUAUAAUAUUAGGUACCUUAAUCAUGGUUCUGACAAUGCUGCAACACCUCUUUCACAUGCGCUCAGGAAAUCCUGGGUUAACUUAACGAGUUAAUAAUCAGCAUCGUAAAACCGCUUAGCCAGACUGUGGUUGUUCAGUUUAGUGAAGCCAGAUAACAAAAAGAUAUCCUGGGUAUGUUGAAGACAGAAAUAGUGAUUUGAUUUCUAUCGUGAUAUAUAUAUUGAUAUUGACCAAUAUAAAAAUUAUAUUGUGACAUGAUUUUUUUCCCAUAUCGCCCAGCCCUGUUUUGUAAGGAUCAAAACUGCAACUAGGUAUUACCCUGUGUAUCAUUUGAGUGAUAUUUCUGAAUUCUUUCUUCAGCACUUAGACAAAUGACCUGAAUCUGAACUGUAAAAGCUGAAAAUGUUUAAAAAUUAUUUUGACACAGCAGUCAGGUUCAACCAGUUGAACUUGUAAACCUCAACUAAGUCAGUCAGAUGCUUAGUGACAGAGCAGCAGCCUCAGUGUGUUGACUCUGAGUUUUAUUGGUUUCAGUAACACGCUGAAACAUACUUAAACAGGAGCCCAAGUCAUAAAAAGUCAUAUAGACUCUGACCCUGAAAUGUCAGGUACACAGCAGCAUUUGUUUUACGUUUGCUCACAUUAGCCACUUAUAAAUUUAACCUUCUGUAAGAGAAUGAUUUGUUUUAUUUCUUCAAUCAAAGGUUACAUAGUCUGACUUCAAGUUCUGAAAAUGGAAUUUCCAAUCUGUUACCGCUAUCAAUUGGUGCUUUUUCUAUAAUGGUUUUAAUUAAUUUCUUGUAUUACUGCCAUUCUCUGUUGUUGUUCUACACUGCCGUACAGCAAAAUGUUCAAAUGCUCUUUUGGUGCUAUAAAUUGGUUGGUAGAUUGAGUUUUAAAUACAAACGUUGGUACAAUAUGAUCUGUCAAAUGCUAAAAUUAUUUUUAUUGUCACUUAACAAUGUGAUAUGUCAGAACAUCAGUUUACUAAAAACAGAUGUUGUAGUCUGCAGUUUGCAUAUGCUCAGUAUGUUGGUGAAUGUUUAUCCAGUCAUUUAGAUUUUAAGGAACCAGAGAGUGUAAGUCUGUGUUCUUAGUGGAUUUUCUUUACCCAGAGUACUUCAAUGGUACUGAUUCAUUUUUAUUGUGUUAAAGGGGUAUUUCACUCUCAGGAAGCUGGGCCACAGAAGUUUCAGAGUUUCUUUCCUGCUACAUAAUAGUACAGAUUAGUACUCACUAGGCCUCAGAAAAAUAGAAUACUGUGACACCUGUCCUCUCCUCUGUGCUGCCUGCAAUGAAGUGACCACAGCCAAUCACAGCAGAUUAGAAAUUAGACUCUGUGCAAGUGUGUUCAGUUAUUUAUACAUUGUUUGUAUGUAUGUGAUAAAGUGCAGGUCACCUGAUGUUUUUAGAGAUAUGACAUUGUACAAUAGCUAACAUGCUGUGAUUUGUGUUUUCAGUCAAAGUGUUGCCACCCUGGCGCCUGUGUCGUUAGUUGAACAGACUUUUCAAACCCAUUUAACAACUUAAAUAAGAGAGUCAGCUUUUCCUGACGCAGGCACAUCUCUCUACGCCUGAUUCAGUCGGCCUCAUGGCAGCUGACAGACAUGAAUGAGCUUCUGUCUCUAACUGAUCAUUUUACAGAUAAAUAUGGCUGAAAUCACAGCGAAGUGACUGUUGGUUUACAUGUAGUCUUACAUGUCUGACAACAGAGACAGAAAAUCUUGUAAAUGAGAACAGCUUUAUCUGGAAUUAGGCUGUGUUAAAAUACUUUGUAUGUGAGCACAGAGAGUAGGAGAGAAGCCAACAGGUAAAAGGUUGGCUGACACUAGGUAGAAUGCUAAUUCACAUUUUGCACAUUAACUGUACAUGGUCCUACCACAUUCCAGUGACCAGCAGUCUCGUUCUCGUUCACAAUUUUUUCUGAGGCCAGUUUUCAGUCUGCACUUCAUUGAGCUCAUAUAACAAUUAAGUACAAUGUUUCAUUACUUAGAACGUUUAUGUAAACUCCUCUUUUACCCUGUCAGAUACAUAUUCCAGAAAUGUACCCUUACAUUUUCCCAAACAAUAACAUAUUUAACAAUCUGCCUGCACACUUCAUUCAUGUGUUCAUUUACUGCAGCAGUCUGGACCUCCAUAUUGUUUUGCCUACAAUUCUACCCCCACCCCAAGAAAUCAGCAGAAUUCCCCUUUAACUGUGAGUCAGUAUCAUGGAGGCUAUCUGGCUUUCAGGACCUCACUCUCAUUGUACAUUAAAACCUAUUCAUCAGGAUUAAUCAGAAUGACUCGAGCUGACCACUGUGUUGUUUGACUCCUCUAAUGUACUGCAUCACUUCAUUUCUUCCUUGACCCAAAGUGAGCUUGACAUUUUGCCUUUGUGAGCCAAAACUUCAACCUAAAAUUAUUGAUUAUGUUUAAGAAUUCAUUUUGAGAAGACAAUUUUAGAGUCAACUCCGACUCAACCACAGAUGACGAACUAGAAACCAUUUUUAAUGUCAACUCCAAACAGGCAGCGCAGACUAUGACAUUUUGAUAUAGAAUCUUAAAGGUGUUGUGAGUGUGAUUAUAUGUUAUCAAAAUGGAACCUUAGGUGCACAGUAUGUCCUGUCUUGCAGGCAAAACUUAGAUCUCUGUCACUGGGAGAUGUUUGUAUCUCACACUUUGUCAUACUCAUUUCAGUCAGAGGUGUUUUUUCCUCAGACAGCAGCUCAUUAGAUCUGAAACUAACAUUAUUUUUUACAAUCAUGAUUUCAAAGAUUUUUCCAAUCGCCUGAAUGCAAAAAGAUUCGGUUUACUGUCAUCCUGAAUCAACCCCCCUUUCUUUUCUGUGGAGAUACAGUAGAUCUGUCUGUGCCUUGUGAGUUGUUAGGAGACAGCACUGUCCAUACAGGAAAUAUUAAAGCCAUUGUCACUAACACUGCACCACUACCAGCCUCAGCCAUGGAAUGUCUCUUUUAGCAAACACCCAGAAUGAAAGUUAAUGCAGCAAAUCUCAGGAAAAGUCACUGUGAAAUAAAGGUAGAUGAGUCCAAAUCAACCAAAUAAUACCUGAUAACUCGAGUGUUGAGGGAAUACUUUGAUAACUCUUGUGCUUCUUUUGCUUCUUAUGCUUAUUGUGAGGUUAUAAAUAAAAGCUGAAACAGAAACUUUGUGUACUAAAUCAAGAGAAGUGAACAAGCAUUUUGUUGCUCACACCAGCAGUAAUUUGAUGUUUUUGCUAAUGUACUACUUCUUUUCCUUGAAUUGUUUUAAUGUGUUUGCCUCCAGUGUAAUUCACUUUUCCAGCUCGCUGCUGCUGUGUGUUCGCUGGCUUCUGUACAGUCUGUGGUCUGUCGGUCUGGGGAUUUCUUAUUUACUUCCACAUUGUGCUACAUUUUGCUGGAAGGUUGAUAUAUGGUUUUGGGAAAUGGAAAUAAAGUUUUUCUAAUUAAUUGAA